GUGAGGCCACUUUCACCCUUCACAAAAAGCGAUUGAGCGUCCCUCUCGCGAAAGCCAGUUUAUCACCAUUUAGUGUGGACAGAAAAAAAAAAAAAUAAAAUAAUAAAAUAGGUGGGAAGUAGGCCGAUUUCACUUCCUCUCGAGAGCGACCCUCCCUUCGUUGCCAAAACGACUUUCGAAGCAAGCCAAUCGACGAGGCUACUUCGCGUGAUGAGGUCCGCCAAAACGUUCCCGCAAAGAGAAGAAUCGGGAUGAUCAACUGUACGUUUUAUUAACUACCGCGCGAAUUGACCAUUCGAUGGAAAGGUGAGAAAAAACUACUCAUCCACGAAGAAGUAACCAUGGAGUUCUCCCUCAUAUCAGCAGGAUCCGAUGCGAAAAUCUACAAGUGCGUUUUCAUCGGGAAGGAAGCAGUGAAGAAGGAGAUCUUCCGAAAAUAUUAUCGGCACAAAAAAAUCGAUGCGAAGAUCCGAAAAUUGAGAGUCUCUAACGAAAUCAAAUUUACAAAAAAGCUAGCCAGCAUAAACAUAGAUGUACCGAUUCUCUACUUCGUUGAUGUGAAUGAGAAAAGCUUAUAUUUGGAAUACGUCCAGGGGUGCACCAUUAAUCAGAUUCUUAAGAAUGUAAAAGAGUACCAACCCAAUGUCCCCAAAAGCAUAGGCAGAGUGCUAGCGAAAAUACACAAUGGGAAUGUAAUUCAUGGGGACUUUACAACGUCUAACUUGAUUUUGAGGAACUCCUGCCUUCGUGAUGGAUGCACCAUUUGGGAUUCCUCCACCGGGUUGCCUUACCAGCUGGACGACGCGGACUCGAUACGCCUCUGCGUGAUUGACUUCGGUCUGUCGUUUUUGUCCGCCUCGGUCGAGGACAAAGCGGUCGACCUGUUCGUCCUUCUGAAGGCCAUCAAAAGUUUCCACAGCGAGUUCGCGCUCCUGGAGGAGGACAUCCUCGCGGGGUACCAAACGAAAUCGAACAACUUUGACGAAAUAAAGAAGAAGUUAGAAAUAGUCAAACAGAGGGGACGCAAGAGACCCAUGGUUGGAUAGUACCACCGUGUUGGGCACGGAGAGGAAGAAAUAACCCGGACGGUGGGUCCUUCCAUCUGGAUUAACCCUCCCCCUGUGAUGUGUACAUUGGUGGGAUACACUCGGGGGUACCUGUUCAUUGGUUCCCACACGGACAAUCCUCUCACUCCGUAGUUAUAGCUUUGUGUGCAUACGUGGUGACGCAUGCUUUGGCUCCUCCCCGAAGAGGAGUUCCUUUCCCC